ACGGAACGCUUCGGAGACCCUGUCGUUUGACGCUUCAAGUCUAGUCCUGGGCCCUUCCGGAGACUCCGGUUCUGUGCCAUCGGGAACACGUGCGCAGCCAGCUGUCACCUGGCGCCUAGAGCUCGGGCCUGCUGGAGGCGGCCUUCCAGCAGGUAUGAAGAAAGCCCAUCAGGAUGAGAUUGGAGCCAUCUUGCAAGAGAGGAUUAUGGUACUUGAUGGAGGGAUGGGGACCAUGAUUCAGCAGUACAAGCUAAAUGAAGAAUCCUUCCGUGGUCAAGGAUUUAAAGAUCACUCCAGACCUCUGAAAGGCAACAAUGACAUUUUAAGUAUAACUCAACCUGAUCUCAUUUACCAAAUCCAUAAGGAAUACUUGCUGGCUGGUGCAGAUAUCAUUGAAACAAAUACUUUCAGUAGCACUAGUGUUGCCCAAGCUGACUAUGGCCUUGAGCAUUUGGCCUAUCAGAUGAACAAGUGCUCUGCAGCUGUGGCAAAAAAAGCUGCUGAGGAGGUGACGCUCCAGACAGGAAUUAAAAGGUUUGUAGCAGGAGCUCUGGGCCCCACCAAUAAAACACUCUCUGUGUCACCUUCUGUGGAAAGGCCAGAUUAUAGGAACAUCACAUUUGAUGAGCUUGUUGAAGCAUACCAAGAGCAAGCCAGAGGACUUCUAGAUGGCGGGGUUGAUAUCAUACUAAUUGAAACAAUUUUUGAUACUGCCAAUGCCAAGGCAGCCUUGUAUGCAAUCCAGAAACUCUUUGAAGAGAAGUAUGCUCCCCGGCCGAUCUUUAUUUCAGGGACGAUUGUUGAUAAAAGUGGGAGAACUCUUUCUGGACAGACAGGCGAGGCAUUUGUCAUCAGUGUGUCUCAUGCAGACCCGCUUUGUAUUGGAUUAAAUUGUGCUCUAGGUGCAGCUGAAAUGAGACCUUUUAUUGAAACAAUUGGAAAAUGUGUAACAGCCUUUGUGCUCUGUUAUCCCAAUGCAGGUCUUCCCAAUACCUUUGGCGAGUAUGAUGAAGCUCCUGACAUGAUGGCCAUGCACCUAAAGAACUUUGCUGUGGAUGGCUUGGUCAAUAUAGUUGGUGGCUGCUGUGGUACAACACCAAAUCAUAUCAGGGAAAUUGCUAAAGCUGUGAAAAAUUGUAAGCCCAGGGUUCCACCUGCAACUCUUUUUGAAAGGCAUACACUCCUGUCUGGUCUAGAGCCCUUCAAGAUUGGACCAUACACCAACUUUGUUAACAUCGGAGAGCGUUGUAAUGUUGCAGGAUCAAGGAAGUUUGCUAAGCUCAUCAUGGCAGGAAACUAUGAAGAAGCACUGAGUGUUGCGAAGCUGCAGGUGGAAAUGGGAGCCCAAGUGCUGGAUAUCAACAUGGAUGAUGGCAUGCUAGAUGGCCCAAGUGCAAUGACGAAAUUUUGCAACUUCAUAGCUUCUGAGCCAGACAUUGCCAAGGUACCCAUUUGUAUCGACUCUUCCAAUUUUUCUGUGAUCGAAGCUGGGUUAAAGUGUUGCCAAGGGAAGUGCAUUGUCAAUAGCAUUAGUCUGAAGGAGGGAGAGGAUGACUUCUUGGAAAAGGCCCGAAAGAUUAAAAAGUUUGGAGCUGCUGUAGUGAUCAUGGCUUUUGAUGAAGUAGGCCAGGCAACAGAAAUAGACACCAAGAUCAAUGUAUGUACACGAGCCUACCAUCUACUUGUAAAAAAGUUGGACUUUAAUCCAUGUGACAUCAUCUUUGACCCCAAUAUUCUUACCAUUGGUACUGGGAUGGAAGAACACAACUUGUAUGCCAUUAAUUUUAUUCAUGCAACUAAAGCCAUUAAAGAAACAUUACCUGGAGCAAAAAUAAGUGGAGGUCUUUCCAACCUAUCUUUCUCCUUUCGAGGAAUGGAAGCCAUUCGAGAAGCAAUGCAUGGAGUUUUUCUUUACCAUGCAAUCAAGUUUGGUAUGGACAUGGGGAUAGUGAAUGCUGGAAACCUCCCUGUAUAUGAUGAUAUCCCUAAGGACCUUCUGCACCUCUGUGAGGAUCUCAUAUGGAAUAAAGAUCCUGAAGCUACGGAGAAGCUCUUACGUUAUACACAGACUCAUGGAAAAGGAGGAAAGAAAGUCAUUCAGACAGAUGAGUGGAGAAAUGGACCCAUUGAAGAGCGCCUUGAGUACGCCCUUGUCAAGGGCAUCGAGAAACAUAUUAUUGAAGAUACUGAGGAAGCCAGGUUAAACCAGGAAAAAUAUUCUCGACCUCUGUAUAUAAUUGAAGGACCCCUAAUGAAUGGCAUGAAAGUUGUUGGGGAUCUUUUUGGAGCUGGGAAAAUGUUUCUACCUCAGGUCAUAAAGUCAGCUCGGGUCAUGAAGAAGGCUGUUGGCCACCUGAUUCCCUUCAUGGAAAAAGAAAAGGAAGAAGCUAGAGUGCUCACUGGGACAAUAAAAGAGGCGGAUCUUUACCAAGGCACUAUUGUGUUGGCCACUGUUAAAGGGGAUGUGCAUGACAUAGGAAAGAACAUAGUUGGUGUAGUCCUUGGCUGCAAUAACUUCAGGGUUAUUGAUUUAGGUGUUAUGACUCCCUGUGAUAAGAUACUAAAAGCUGCUCUUGACCACAAAGCAGAUAUAAUUGGUCUGUCAGGACUUAUCACUCCUUCCCUUGAUGAAAUGAUUUUUGUUGCCAAGGAAAUGGAGAGAUUAGCUAUAAGGAUUCCAUUACUGAUUGGAGGAGCAACCACUUCCAGAACCCACACAGCAGUUAAAAUAGCUCCAAGAUACAGUGCUCCUGUAAUCCAUGUCCUGGAUGCAUCCAAGAGUGUGGUAGUGUGUUCUCAUCUAUUAGAUGAAAAUUUAAAGGAUGACUAUUUUGAGGAAAUCAUAGAAGAAUAUGAAGAUAUUCGGCAGGAACAUUAUGAGUCUCUAAAGGGAAGGAGAUACUUACCUUUAAGUCAAGCCAGAAAAAAUCGCGUCUAUAUUGACUGGCUCACAGAGCCUCACCCAGUGAAGCCCACAUUUUUCGGGACACGAGUCUUUGAAAACUAUGACCUACAGAAGGUGGUGGACUACAUCGACUGGAAACCAUUUUUUGAUGUCUGGCAACUCCGUGGAAAAUACCCCAACCGAGGUUUCCCCAAGAUUUUUAAUGAUAAGACCGUAGGUGAAGAGGCCAAAAAAGUCUAUGAUGAUGCCCAAAGUAUGCUGAAAGCCUUGAUUAGUCAAAAGAAACUCCAAGCCAGGGGUGUGAUUGGGUUCUGGCCAGCACAGAGUGUCCAGGACGACAUCUGUGUGUACUCAGAGGAUGCAGUGCCGCAGACUGCAAAUCCCAUAGCCACCUUCCAUGGUCUACGGCAGCAGGCUGAGAAGGACUCUGCCAGCACAGACCCAUACCACUGUCUCUCAGAUUUCAUUGCUCCUCUGGAAUCUGGUGUGAGAGACUACCUGGGCCUGUUUGCUGUUGCAUGCUUUGGGGUUGAGGAGCUGAGCAAGGCUUAUGAGGAAGAGUGUGAUGACUACAGCAGCAUCAUGGUCAAGGCGCUGGGCGACCGACUGGCAGAGGCCUUUGCAGAAGAACUCCACGAGAGGGUCCGCAAAGAGCUGUGGGCGUACUAUGUCAACGAGCAGUUGGAUGUUGCUGGCCUGAGGAGACAGUGCUACAAGGGUAUCCGGCCUGCACCAGGCUACCCAAGCCAGCCUGACCACACUGAAAAACUCACAAUGUGGACACUUGCUGACAUCGAGUCCUCAACAGGCAUUAGGUUAACAGAAUCGCUAGCAAUGGCCCCUGCCUCAGCAGUAUCAGGCCUUUAUUUCUCCAAUUUGAAGUCCAAAUAUUUUGCUGUGGGAAAGAUUUCCAAGGAUCAGGUUGAGGAUUAUGCUUUAAGGAAGAACAUGUCUGUGGAAGAGGUUGAAAAAUGGCUUGGACCUAUUUUGGGAUAUGAUACAGACUAACUUGAUUUUUACCUUUUCUACACUUUGCAGUCCUUAAGGAAACAUAACCCUGAGUGCCUUAAAAAUAACAACAGUUUACCCAGCCAUAGGUGCCUCACAUCUAAAUGGCUUCAGGUUUCAGAGGACUAACCUGGUAGCACACUGUUAGCUUGAGUGCUAGGGAACUAGCUAGCUGCCAAAGUACUCUGCAGGAGUCCCUGAUCUCUCAGGACAGGGACAGGAUGGAAGUGGAGGUCUUUCACAUUUCAAAGCAAGUCAGCUUGAUUUUUUUACACCCCAUCUUUACUUUGGAUUCAGUCUUCUUAGAAAAAAAGGCUGCUGAUGCUAAGUUGAAUAGAGAAAUAUGGUUGCCUGACAAAAUGAUGUUUGAGAAAUUAUGCUGUUUUAGACUGACGUGGAAGAAAGUAUAACUGUUGUCUCUCCAGAAGACCUUGUUGUCUAAAAGUUCAAUUAAAUAGUUGUAAUACCCCCUUUAUCAAAAGUAAUUUUGUAAAAUUUAUUUAUUUACCAUCAUUUUAUUUAUUUUAUUAGCAUGUAAUUCGUGUACCACAUAACUCAGUGGUUUAAAUAGGUUUAAAAGCCAUGUUCUUAUAGUUCGCUUGUCAGAAAUUCUUGAAAUGUUUGCCCCAGUAUGGUUAAGUGUAGUGAUUUUAUGGAAGAAACUUUGUCCCAUAAUUUCAUAUACCCUUGAUGCCCCAAAGAAGAUGAGGUAAGAGAGUGGCAGAAUCCUCUCUGCUGUGCACUGGCAAUGACUAUUUUUCUGCUGUUUGCCACAAUUGAGCAGACAAACAAAUUGAGUGUCCUGCACAGAGAUGGACAGGUGAGUGGUGGGAUGCCACUCUAUUCAAGAGGCAGUAGGCGGAUGUACGGACAAAAUACUGAGUGGGGCCUGGUCCCUGUCCUGCAGGACUGCCCUGAGUACACACCCAGUUCAUUCCUACUUUUGAUCCACAAGCUCUCCUUCUCCCUACUUUUACAUUUCUUAGACUAAGAUCAUCACUAAAUAUGAGGUCCUACUUUUUGUGCGCUACUCCAAUGGCGCACUCAUGCAAUUUAGAAGUAGUAGGUUGAUGUGUUAUCAGUUAUUUCAGGGGGAAUGCUUAGUCCGGGCAUAGCUUUGCCAUGACUUGGGCAGAUUAAAAUCUGCCACAUUCAGACCUCACCUUUGUGAACAGGGAUAACAAUACCCAUGCCUUGUGUGCAUGAGAUAUGCAGUUGAAAUUAAAUGAUGACUAUGAAGCCCCUCCAGAGCUCAGCACAGAGUAGGUACUCAGGAAAAAAAUUAAUGGAGGUAAAUGCUGAAAGGAUACUGAAUUUAGCAUUUCAGACACUCUGUUUUUAAAACUUGAUUUAAUAUCAACUAGGAAGGAGAGAAGGUACAUAGGUUACACAUUGGGAUGCUAGCUAUAAGGUUGGUGGUUCAAAUCCACCAGCCAUUUCAUGGGAGAAUGAGGCUAUCUGCUCCCAUAAAGAUUUACAGUCUCAGAAACUCUGUCCUAUAGCGUCCUUACUACUCAAAAUCUACAGCAAUGGGUAAGUGGGGAAGGAGGAACCAUUGCUACUCAUUUUUCUGUGGGACAAAUCCCUUCACAUGAUACACGGGCCUUGCCCUAGUAAUAGCUCUAUCAAAUAGUCACCAUGUACAUUGAAAGUGAAAAGGGGCGUGAACCUCUAGAAAAAUACAUAUCCAUCUCAUACUCAGUUUCACUUCUAGAGCAGUAUACCUGAUAGGACAUUGCUAGCCAAUAAAGUGAAUGAACUGUACUAUUUAUUCUUCACCUAGUCUGCUACUUUGGUUCAUGAUACACUAGUUGGAGAACUUAUUUUCUCUUUCAUAGCAGUUAUUAUUUUAGGCUUCGGUAUAUUUUUCUGUGAAAAGGGGUAACCUAACAGUAUCUUAAUAUAAUUAAAGUUACUAAGAGUUCCUGAUUUUAUUAAAUACUUUCCCUAUCUUCUCUCA